UGAUUUCCAUAGGCAAUCAAAAAAGAUCAUCGAACUCUCUUUUCUUUGUAGUUUCUGUACAAAACCAGCAGCAGCUCUUUCAAGAUUUUUUAUAACCUUCAUAUUCAUGGAAGAUUCUCGGAGCUUGAAGGAGAAACAAGAGCUGAAGCGGCGGUUUCCGAGCAAAAGACAUGGAAUCGAAGAGAAGUCUCGUAUGGAAGAUCAAGUGAAGUUGGCUGCUAUUGCGAUUAGCCUUAACGUGCGUUUGAGAUCAUCUGAUAUGCCCGUUUACAUGCAAGAACACGCCCUCCGUUGUAUUCGACAGCUUCUUGGUUCUGCCCCCAAACCCCAACCUAGCCUUACUCACUUGGCUCGAGCCAUCAAAAAGGAGUUUGACUCGGUGUACGGACCAGCAUGGCAGUGUGUGGUUGGGACGAGUUUCGGAUCGUUUGUGACUCACUCACCAGGUGGAUUCCUCUACUUCUCAAUCGACUCGUUCUCCAUCCUUCUCUUCAAAACAGAGGUUGAGUUGGUCACCAAAGAAGACUGGGGCCAAAAGCUUUGAAUGCCUCAUUUGCGUAAUUUAUAGCUUUGACUCUUUGUUGUAUGCUAUUUGACUUUUAACCACCAUCGAAUAUAAAUAUAUAUUUAUUACAAA